GAGUGUUAGCCGCGUUACAAAUAACAGUCACCGAUCACGAGAACCGCCUACUCACCAUUGAUCACUCCCUUCUGGGUUCUAUUUCAUUUCUUCACGUCUCCUACCUUCCCCUCCUCCCCAAAUCCGGCCCAAUUGCAGCCUUUGCCUAGCUAAGAGUAUCAGGCUCGGGCGCGGCAAGGCAAAAACUAGGUAGGCAUAUCUUGCUACGUCGUAUAUCGACUGGGGAGGGAUCCGUGUUUGCCACACAGUCCCCGCAAAGAAGAUAAUGGCCCAUCCGCUAGAUAUAGCGGAGGCAUACCGGCACAUCUACCGAGCAAAGUUUUGGAACCAGGUCUCGACCGGUGCCAAGAGGCCAUUCCUGAUCCCCUGGAGCUUCCUCGGCGUCUGGAUCCUGCCGACGCUGUAUCUGGCCGUACCGCACAGGAAUCGCCCGUGGGUGUACCGAGCCAGGUGGCUCGUUCUCGCCCUCGCCGUGCUUCUGAACUGCGAUACCAUCUUCAACGUUUCUAGCGAUAACUUUGCCACCGCCUAUGGCGCCGGUCUGCUCGGCGCCUGGGGCAUCAUCUGGAAUUUCACCUUGCUGGUCUGGACGAGACCCCAGUGGGACGCCAGGAGGGUGAAUAUCAGGAGAAAGGUUGAGACGGAAGCGAAGGCGUACGGCAAGGAGGACGGCCAGAGCCAAGGCCGAGGCCUGGCGGGAGAUGGCCCAGGGAAGGAGUUGAUUUCUGCUCGAGUGUCUAGCCUAGAAUUAAGUGGCCAUACGACUGUCGAUGAUAACCCACCUCAUGGCCUAAGAGCGAGACAGGAACACGACCGCAGCGACGACGACGUAGAACUACCCGUAGAGUUAGACGCCAUGUCGGAGGAGCCUAGAAAAGCCGUCUUAGACGCGAUAUCGGCAUUGAAACUGCAAAACAACGGCGUCUUAACGGCGGCCUACCUCGACAAGCUUGCCGCUGAGCAGGAAUUUGAGUACUACUGGCAGGAAUUCCCCGCCGACGCCUCCUUCUGGACGCGGUUGGGCUGGUCCUUCGAUCUCGUCGGUAACCUCCGGAUGACAGGCUGGAACUGGGCGAUCUCCUGCCUGCCGCCCUACGCCCCGCCCCUCAAGCUCCGCGGCUACCAGCUACCUCUGAGCUCGGCUGGCCCGCACCGCAGCCGCCAGGGCUUCACGCGGCAGCUCACGCGCGCCGGGCUGCUCAGCGAGCGGCUCUGCUGGGCGAUCCUCCCCGGCUAUCUCGCCGUCGACUUCUGCGCCGUCUACAUGACGGCGGACCCGUACUUCGUGCUCGGGCCCGAGCACGACCUCGGCCACCCCUUCGCUCUCUCCCCUGGGGCGGCAGCCCACCACCGACAACACGUGCCCCUGCCGCCGCACCUUGCCUCCCUGCCGCCGUGGGCGCUCGGAGCGUCGCGCAUUGCGCUCUCCUUCGUCGGCAUCCUGGCGGCGCUGCACCUCGCGCUCGGCAUCGCCACCCUUGCCCUCACCGUCGUGCCGCCGCUGCGCUGGGCGCUAGGUUUCCGCGCCGACCCCUGGCACUACCCCAGCAUCGACGGCUCCUUCGCCCAGGUUCUCGACCGCGGCCUCGCCGGCUUCUGGGGCGCCUGGUGGCACCAGACCUUCCGCUUCGCCUUCGAGGCCCCCGCCCGCUGGCUCCUGCGGCGCUGGGAGGGCCGGGACGGCCACGAUGGCGGCGACGGCAACGGCAACGGCGGUGGUGGUAGGGACGGGAGCGGCACGAACCCCCCCUACGCCCCGCAGACCCGCGCCUACCUCCUCGCCGCCUCCGCGUUCCUGCAGUCCGGCUUCCUGCACGCGGCGGCGUCGCACAGCACCGUGCCGGCGCACACGCGGUGGCAGGACCCGCCGCUCUUCUUCCUGCUCGCGGGCGCGGGCGCCGUGCUCCAGUCGCGGCUGUCGCGCGCCGCCGCGCGCCGCCGCUUCCUCCGGGGGCCGGCGCCGCGGUGGGCUCGGCGCGCGGGCAACCUGGCGUUCGCCGCCGGCUGGCUCGCGCUCACGAGCUGGGCGCUCGCCGACGACUUCGGCCGCUGCGGCCUCUGGCUCUUCGAGCCCGUCCCGCUCUCCGCCGUCCGCGCCCUCGGCCUCGCGCCCCGCGGCGCCGACCGCCGCGCCUGGCGCUACGGUGCCGGGUUCCGCCCCCGCUGGCAUGCCGGCGGGCACUGGUGGGACACCGGCAUCGCGAUCUGAGCGGCGCGGCAGAGGGUAGUAGGGUAGAAUAGGAUAGGAUCGGGUGGGGCGAAACGUAGUUACGGUUAAUAAUUAGGUAUUUUGAUCUCUCUUCAAUGGGUAUUCCUUG